AGAGGCAGGGAGGAAGAAGAACUCGGAGCCAGGACAUCUGGGUCUCCUGCCAGGACUGAAAUGGGGAGGGAAAAGAAGGUACUCGGGCGCCUGACUCCAUUCCAGAAAGGGAAGAGGGAGCUGGGAGCCAGGACGCCUCGUACCAUGGCAAUACUUGGAAGUGGCGGAGACAGAGCAGAACCCUCCAGCUCCCUUCUUUUCACCCUCACCCCACACACGCUCUCACCUAUGCACUUUAAGCCUCCUCUGUUUCCACCACUACGCAGGCGUCAAAAACGGGCUGCGACCAAGGGAAUAGUCUCAAUGGGAGGUUUUUUACGUACUACUUCCGGUACUUCAUUGUCGUUCAUUGUAUCCGCCAUGUGAGAGGCAUAAGAACUAAUGUAAAAAAGUUCAAAUAAACCACACAGGGGCGGGGAUUCCCAUUUUACUCCAGGGCUUUGAAGUAAACCUGCCUGACCUCAACCCAGAAAGUACGAAAGAAGGAUGGAUCAGUCCUCUGGCAGGGCUCCUGUGCUUUUAAAUGUGGAAAUUCAACGGAUAGAGAUUGAAUGGACUUUCAAUUUCACCUGCUUAAGCAUGCAUAGGAUUGUGAACCGAAUGAGACAUACAGAAGAUUGCGCUGUCAGUCACUGCUGUUUUAAUCCUUAUGCUCCUUUACAAGAGGAUCCUAAAUGGAACCUGAAAUAACGGCUGUGUGGAACUGUACGGAAUAUCUCUUUGACUGCUAUCAACUCCGCCUGUUGACCGAGCAUGAACGGAAACGCGUAAUCAUCUUACCAGAAGUGGGAUCCUGGCAGUAAGAACACCACAAAAGCAAUCCAAUCUAGCUGUCCCAGCUUUGACUGCUCUGGAUCGGAAAAUCUAUGACAUCAGGUGUCUGUGACAUCAGAAAGACAGCUCAGAGGGGUCACAUGUCAGCUCAGCUGAAAUGGCCAAAUUAGUUUUGUACUGGAAUUUGAAGAUUGCCGGACCAGUGUCUGGAGAUCCCUGGGUUGAGCCCACAGGAUGGGGAUUUGCCAAGGCAGCCUUCCAAAAACCACCAAGCCCUUGAAGCGUGAACUAAAAGAGAAGCUGCAGAGCCCCAUCAUCAUUUUUAUGAUAGGAGGCCCAGGUUCUGGCAAGCGGAUGCAGGGUAACAAGCUGGCCAACAAGUACGAUUUCUACCAUGUGGCUAUUGGAGAGCUGCUGCGAGAGGAAGCCACCCGGCCUACCCGUAAAGGCAAGACCAUUAGGGACAUCAUGCUGAAAGGGGCUCUGGUGCCCUCGGGCUACAUCUUGGAACUGCUGACUGACAACAUGCUAAAAGCCGAAAACGUCAAAGGAUUCUUUGUUGAAGGCUUCCCCCGGGAAAUCCAUCAGGCUAAGCUGUUUGAAGAGGUGGUGGGGCGUUCACCCAACAUUGUGAUAGUGUUUGAUUGCUCUACAGAGACUAUGAUCCAACGCCUGCUGAUCCGAAGCCAGAUGGGAGAAAGGGUGGAUGACCAUGAGAGAAUCAUCCGGCACCGACUUGAGACUUACUAUACACUGUGUGAGCCUGUCUUCACCUACUACGUACAGAAGAGCUUACUUCGGAAUGAGGCCUGCAAUACAGUGAAGGACAGGCAACUACCUCAAUCUUCUCCUCAAUGAGCUGCUUGGCAUGAUCAAUUUGCUGUGGUGAACCACGAAUGAUGAACAGUUUGAAGUUGGGGUCUCCAUUGGGCGGUAGCUGCCGAGAUAUUUCCACAAAGGCUCCUGUCUGCUGAUUUAUAGCCUUUACGUUUUCUCCACCUGAAAAGAGAAUAUGGAGGGACCAAUUAGGGACAUGAUUUGUGCCACCUCAGGACAGCCAA